AUGCCUGAAGAUCUUACUUCGUCCUUUGCAGACGCGGCCGAGAUAUUCGACGGUCUUUUCAGAAGACCAUGGGAAACGAAGAGAGAUGGUUUGAAAUUCACAGAGAUAUGGUCAAACGGUCUCUCUUUGUUUCCCAUGGUCUCUCGUCUGGAAAGACCGUUGAAUGAACGGCCGCGUCUACAAAAGAGAAAGCAAGAUCUUCUUCUUCAUGGGAUUUUUUGAUGUGAUCUAGACAGAUUGUGCUCGUAAAGCUUGAAGCACAGUGGUAGUUCCAUACCUAUUUCUACCCUAGAGGGUGAUGUUUCCACAAAAUAAAAAUAAUUUUUUUCCGUGCAAAACUGGUAAAGUUAUGGCCAAAUAGUCUUUUUCUCUCUGACCGCUCUUCGCCUACUCUUUCGGCCACAAAGAUCGUCGAAAUAUCUAUGCAACAAACUCUUGUAAAACGAAAUCUUUUCGUAGCAAACCGUUGCAGAGGUUCAAAGAGUCAAUUUUGGGCCAAAAUAAACCUCCGACCAACGAGAUCUUUCUAUAACGAAUAUUUUUUUGUCCCUUACGACUCCUUCCUAGUGGCGCCAAAGCGCGAGCUAAAACUUUCAAGAAUUGUCAUGCGGCUUAUCCGGAAGUGUACGCAAAUUUUUUUAAAAAUCAGAGCGUCGCACUUGUGGUCUUUGUUUGUCAAACAAAAUUUGAAGCUAAUAUGGAUGUUUCAUAACGGAAAAUUUAUUUUUUCAGUUUUCCCCGACGAAGAAUUUUACGCCCAUCUGAGUGACUACCAAGCCAAAGCCAGCCAAGUCUCCGAAAUCGAUUUUGGAACCCUCUGCAACGUCACUUUCAACAAUUCCCUACUAAAUUCUCGUCAUUUAUCGGGGGUCAAGUCGCUAAACUUUGAUGAGAAAUGCCUAGAAUUCGCGGAAAGGCACAAUUUUUGCUUCGAUUUCAACGACAGUUGGCCCAGAAAUAUGCUACUUGCCAAUAUGAGAAUGUGCAAAAUGCAAAGUAAGCUAUUUCUUGCUGUAAUAAAAGUGCUAAAUCCAAUUAAUUUUCGAUUUCAGAGCGUUUCUCGUAUCUAGAAACAUCCGCCGCAAAAAGCGAUCAAGACUUUGUGACCAUUGAGAUCCACGGAGAUGAUCAUCAAGAUGACUUAAUUCAGAUGCUAAACAGCUCAUUGCACAGGACCAUGCAUCUAUACGAGGUCACAGAGCAUAGCAACAGGAUUUUAAGCCAGUACGAGUGUUUUUCAGAUCUUUGUUCAGGUUUUUAUCGAUUUUUUGGAAAAAAAUCAAAAUUUUUUAACAAGAAAUCAAAUUUUUUGGCAGUGAAAUUGUUUUACACUGAUCUUUCAGUUGAUUUAGACCGACUUUCUAAUCAAAAAUUGCAGGAAAAUCAACGAACUGGAGCGAAACUUUCAUCAAUGUCAAAUUUCUCGAAACGAAAGCCUUGAUUUGGCCAAUUAUACCCGGAGGCAGUUUGGAAAAUGUAUGGACACAAGACUCCGUGACCGGAGGAUCAAAAUGGAGCGAGUCAAAGAGCUGGUUGAGACCAUUUACGAUGGUAUUUUAGAUAUAUUGCACUUGGAUUAA